GAUCUUCUGUGCUGUGGAGGUAAAUUAGUGGAGAACCGGCAUGAAACAUGAAAUCAACGUUUGACACCCGUCACACCGUUUGAUAAAUGAACCAACCAAUAUUAGUAUUGCCAUUAUUUAGUGAUGUUUCGUAAUUUUCAACAAUGAAUUAUUGUACCGAAUUCGCUGUUCUCCAGAGCGCUCUUCAGCUGGUCGAAAAACAGAAUCUACUCAGUGACAAAGACAAAAGAAUUGAACCUGUGUGUGUAGUAAAAAUGGCUGUACAGGAGAUUAUUCAGGGGCUGGAGGAAGAUCGUGAACCAGAGGAACAGAUUGUAUGGAACAGGAAGAUUCAUUCUGUACUUCUGUACAAGCUGCUGACUUCUUAUCAUGAGAAAUUGUCAGAAAAACGCACUGUUAGUACAGUACAGGAAGUUUCUGACGAUGUCCAGGAUGAAUGGGUGGAACCAGAGAGGAUUGAUAGUCGAGACAUCCUGACGCGCACCCUUCCUCCCAUCAGUCAUUCUCUUUACUUCAGUCUGGUGAAGGAAUGCCACUGGCAUGAAUUCUUAACAGAGACUCUUUGCCACUUGAGGGAAGACUUGUCCUGUGAGCUAAUCAGAGAUGGAUUAAGCUACACACAGCAGCAAGACGCUUACAGUAUCUGUGAUCUCAAGCUGGGAUUCUGCUUCCUUGAAUACAUGAUGACACAUUUAAUAUAUGACGAUGAGCAUGCCCAUGGAGCAUUAAGUCUUUUGUCAGAAGUACUGACUAAGUGUUGUUGUGUCAUUGAUAAUCUUCGUGAGAAUUCCGUACAACAUGAUAACAUCAGUGUUCUAACAAAUGGUUUCCAUCAAACCUCUCUGUUACUGUGUUUGUGUAACAAAGAAAAAAAUGCCCAGAGCUUACAAAAAUGGUUUCAAGGAAAUGCCAUUGGAGUCAAAAGUGGUUUCACUGGAACAAAUGUUAAUCUCAAAGUUCAUUUUGGAAAAUUUAUGAAGGAAAAUAUGUCAAAAUGCUUUCUUGACUUAAACAAUGAGGUUAUUACUUAUCUAAAGGAAAAUCUAUCCUUGAACUCUCUAAUCACUCUUUUGAUUAAGAUGAUGUCCCUAGGAGGCCAAUCACUUUGCUGUUCUUUGCUUGAUUCUUUGUCUUCAGACUCGGAAUCAAGGUUUGUUUACAUGUGUAAAACUGUGAUCCUGAUGUAUCCAGACAACCCAAAUGCCAAACCAGCCUUGAACAAGGUCCGAGUACUGUGUGAGAGCAGGAAUCUCUGCAGGCAGGUGAUACAGUCACUGUUAGGAGCAUGCGACCUUAGCAUCAAAGAUACAAGUGAAACUAUUCAUAGUUAUUUAUCCUCCAUGUUGGAAAGUGUGAAUGUUGAUGAUGAAAUUUUUCCAGAGGUUUCAAUGGCAGCAGUAAUAUGGAGAAUUCAAGAGAGGCAACCAGACUUCCAAGACUUUCUGUCGAAGAUUGUGAGGAGUCCCAUUUCUUCACUAUGGUCAUGUGAUAAAUUGCUGUCAGUGUUACAAUCUCGAUUACAGCUAAUAUCAAAUAAGGAUACGAUGCUGCACUUAUAUGAACUUGUGUGGAAAUUAAACAGCAAACUUACAGAGACUCAGUUGGAAAAGUUGGCCAAGCUGGUGUUGGACAGCUUUGGUCAGCUGGAUGUUCCCACUCGUGGUCAGCAUGUCCACCAUGUGUACAGAACAUACGGGCAGUGGCCAAAACACAGACCAGUGACCCCUCUGUCCCUCAACCAAACUUUCAACAAGCUUACCUCAGGAAUCGAUGAAAAGGUCCAGUUGGAUAUUCAAAAGGCUGCCUUACAAGAUGCUGACUUAGUGGUUAGUCAGCUGCUGGAGAGAACCGUAGGGGGCUCACAUCAGGCAGAUAUUGUAUGCUCAAUACUACAGACUCUAAGAGAACUGUGUGUUUGCCUGACAGACUCUAAUAGGAGUAUGCUCUGCUGCAGGCUGGCGACAUUUUUAACCACUCAUUCCCUCGUUCAGAAAGAACAAGAUACAAUAAUCAGAUUACUACAGAAUCUGAUGAAGCCAAUUGCUGACAAGGAGACAGUGCUUAAUCCAGAAGAACUGUAUUUAUCAGUGGUUGUACCCCAUCUCUCUCCACAAGGUCAGCAAAACUCCAAGUUGACAGUGAGGUUUGCUCUAGAUCUGGGAAUAACAUUACUUGCCGAGAUACUGCAACACGGGAAAUCAAGCAUUGAUUUGACACUGAGUCUGGUAUCAGCCGCUGAUCUACUGGAGAACUGCUGUGUUUUGUGGGAUAAUGACAAUGAAACUGUUAUCCUAAAGCAAAGAUUGAUGUCCUUUCUCGACCAGCUAAAUCAGGUUGAAGAAGGAAGGCGGGUACUUUGUGUUGAUUGGUUUCUGAAGGCCAUAACAGACUACGAUUGCACCGUGCGGUUGAUCACUCUACAGUUGUGUUUGACAGCUGAAGAGUUUCACAGUGUUUGUGAUUCUCUAUCUAUGGAUCUCCUCAAUUCAAACCAUGAUCUAGAUUACCUGAAUUUAUUGAGACUUGUUGCUGUAAGUGAGACAUUGUCCCAGGUGAUUGGAAGUUACUGUCACUCCAGGUGGAUUCUACAUGAUCAGUCUUUGUUGCUGGCUCUCUUACAGGUAGCACCUCAUCUGAUUCCAGAGGAAUGGGUUCGGUUGUUCAAGUUUCUAAGAGGCAUUGUCAAGUCUGGUCAUCUUUUUGUGUCUGUUAAAAUGUCUGGAAGUCUGCCCAUGGUAAAUUUAAAAGAGAUAUCUGAGUUUCUCUCCACAUCUCAAUUACUGGGCGAUGUUCUUCGGCUUCUGUCUCACACCCAGAGCCAGGUCUCUCCUCCUGCUGUAGAACAUUGUAUCAGGUCUGCAAUGGCUGUGUACAAGAAUGUGGUUUUGUCAGAAACAUCCACAAUAACACCACACUGUCGUAUGUUUCUGCUGACUCAAGUAUUUUCUCAUAUCACCUUGACAACAGCCCAAUUUCCCGUUGAGAUGCUCGACUCUGUGAAUAUACUGCUUUUGGACAUUGUGUGUCAAGUGGAGGAACUAUCAAAGAUUACAAUGGAUGCUCAGUGUAGAGACCAGAUGUCUAGGAUUCAGAAAACUUCCUUCUCCAUCUGUAGUACUGAUACAAGGGAUAUGGUUCAGAAAAAAAUGUUUUCUGUCUUACACUGAAAGUUCUUAACUCCAUGAAGUCCAAAAAUAAUCAUUUUCACAAUGCCAAGGCCUAAUAUUUACAUUUUCAUUGUUUGCUUUUGAUAUCUCUACAAAUUGUAAUGAUAACCAUUUCUUCAUGAAUGUGCUGUAGUUGUAAAGAGUGGGUAUAUGAAUACAGAUAAAUAUAGUACAUCUAUUUUUAACAGUUGGGAAUUCCAACAGAAAGGAAAGCAGAAUGUAAAUAUAAGAAUAAACUUCAUUUUUGAAACUGCUAACACGCUUCAUGCUGGCAUGAAACAUUACAGUUCAUACUCUUAUUUAUUUUCAAAAAUUCACAAAUAUUUCUGAAGUGGACACAAGGGAUAUGUAUUCACAAAGCCUAGUUAUUGUGAAGAUGGAAGGAUGAAUUCGUAUACAUGCAUGAUGUUAAUAAAGUGUACAAAACUAA